AUGAAGGUCAGAAAUGUCAAAUUUGUAAAUCUAAUUACUAAACACAUGGUUGUUCUUCCUUCAGCCAAACAUUGUAGUAGUCGACUUAGAUAUAAAUACAUUAAAUAUGGACAGAAUAUUAAGAGGUAUUAUGCGAUACCGAGUGUUAGAUCGAGCGACUAUGGUCAAACAGUUUCAACAUGUCAAAGACAACCCCGUGUCCGAAAUGCUGGGAAUCUCAUACCUCACUCUAGACAUUUUGUAGAUGAAAUGACCAGUUGUGAACCGGCUGGUUUAGAACUUAGUUGUAUAAUAAACGAUAUUAAGCACGUCAUUGUAUGCGGACACAGUGAUUGUAAGGCAAUGAAUCUUCUCUAUAAGUUAAAAAGUGCGGACGAAUCAAAUUUAGAACAAAGAAGAAUCUCUCCACUGAAAUCUUGGCUCUGUGCUCAUGGCAAAACUAGUUUAGAUAAAUUCUUAGAUGUGAAAGGUGAUUUUAAUAAGCCUAUUUUAUUUUCUGCUGAAACACCACAACGAAAAUUUGUCGCUUACAUUGAUCCCGAAAAUCAAUUUUGUAUAGAAGACAAAUUAUCUCAGGUUAACACUUUGCAACAAUUACAGAAUAUUGCUUCUUAUGGCAUGUUGAAAAAACGGCUCGAAAAGCAUGAUUUACACAUUCAUGCUUUAUGGUUUGAUAUUUAUACUGGUGAUAUAUACUAUUUCAGCAGGAGAGCUAAAAGAUUCCUUAUAAUAGAUGAAGCCAGCUACGAAGUUAUUCUAGCCGAAAUUCGAAGAUAUUACUCCUAG